UCGGCUUUAUGUGAGAAAUUUAUAAAAGCGCUGUGCCCAUAAGAAAUUGAUAUAGUCUUGUCACAAUCGCCAUGAAGUUUAUUUACAUUAUCCUGAUAGUUAUCGCUCGGACUUCAGCCGAGUUAGAAACUUGGGAUAUUACCGAGAUAAAAAAUCGGAUUGUUAAUUUGAAUAAGCUUGUGGAUCGUUUUAAUCCUUCUAUUGCUCAAUUUAUCAGCAAAUAUGGCCUGGAUCCGCUAAAACUUUCACAAACUGAGCAAAAAUUAUGGAUGGAAAAUCCGAACUUCUCCGAACCGAUGAUAUACAAAGCCGAUCUCGUUUUGCAUUCGGGAACAUUGAAGGGUUUGUCCAAUUUGAAGCGUCAUAAUAACGCUACUUUAAUGUACGCGGACAAGUUAUUAAAGAUGGACAUUGGCUUUGAAUUUAAACUUUUAAAGGGAACGUAUGAUUACAUCUUAAAACUGGUCAUCCGAAAUAUUAGGGGCCGCAUUAUAGCUUUGGCGGAAACUGUACGCGCUGUAAUUAAUAUCACAUUCAACACAACAAAUUACACCUUGGCCCUGAAUAAAUUCGACCUACAAGUUCCUGGUCGCAUUAAAGUAACGGUCGAAAAUAAGGACGGAUCGAUGGAUUGGAUAAACACGAUUAUCGUCAAUAUCGUAGCUCCGUUCUUUAAGGAUACGAUUACGAACGCCGUUCGAGAGGAAGCGUCGAAUGCAAUUCAAACAUACUUCAAUGAGAUAAAUCAUAAAAUAGCUCCGCGCGAAACGUUGGCUCAAAUCUUAAAUGUUGAAUUGUUGAAUCAGAAUUUAUAACGAAUGGACAUGUAUACGAUAAAAA